AUGCCGAUAACAAGAGGAUAUAUGUUAGACCAAAAAACAGUAUUUGUUGCACCAAAAGAUAUACAAAGAAAAUGGUAUCUCAUAGACGCAAAAGACAAAAUCUUAGGACGAGUAGCAACAGAGGUUUCAAAGCUACUGCGAGGAAAACACAAAGUGGAGUUUAGUCCGCACCAAGAACUUGGCGACUAUGUAAUUAUUAUCAACGCAGAAAAGGUUUCGCUUAGUGGAAAUAAAACGAUGCAGAAAACAUAUCAUAGGCAUAGUGGCUUUCCAGGAUCACUUAAAUCCGAAACAUUUUUAGAGCUGAACAAUAGAAAGCCUGGGUACGUACUAAAACUUGCUAUAAAGAGAAUGCUCCCUAAAAACAAGUUAGGUGCAAAGCUUAUGAAUAAUGUAAAAAUAUACGCUGGGGAAACAGAACACCCUCACAGCGCACAAAAACCAGAAAUAUAUACAUUGUAG